AGAAGAAAAUAUCUAAACAAACAAUGUACUCCGCCGUGAAUCGGAUUCUCUGACUCUGUGAAUAGAUCCUAUUUACUUUUUUAGUAAUUUUUUUUAAAAUAUAUUUUUUUCCUUGGUCUCAGAUAAUAAGAUUCGAUAUCAUCUCUGCAAGUGCAUGCAAUUCAAUCUGCUUCCUCAAUUGUGUGAUUAAGGCUUCUCAAUUCCAGAAGCUUCCGCUUGAAUAGUGACUCUCCCCGCCAACCACCGAGUUUCCUGUGGAAGUGAUAUCGAUAUGCUCACCGACGACGAGAGAGUACGCAAAGCUUGUGAGAUAACAAGAGAACUGAAGAUCCCCGAUGAGAAGACACUCCCAGUGCUUAAGAAGCUACUCCAAGAGAACGGUGAGAAUUGGAAUCUCAUAAAACUUGAUAACUACACCGCGUUGAUCGAUGCUAUCUACUCUCUUGAUGAAGAAGAAGAAGAAGAGGAUAAGAAGAAGAAGAAGAAGCAAACAGAAACUUCAUCUAACGGCAGCAGUAGAGGGAAGAGUCAUGUGAUCAAUGUCUUUGACUCUCCUCAUAGUGCUGCUCUGAAGAAGCAAAGCCAAGGUUCGUCUAACAGAGGGAAGAGUGUUGACUCUCCCGCUACUCUGAAGAGAAAAUACGAAACCCGUUCUGCAAAAUCAGGUUCGUCCAGUGAGGAAGGCGUCCAGAAGCAGUCACAGACCAGCGAUGGUGUUCGCAAGAAGAGAUAUAAAGCCAUUAUUCGUGACAUAACGAAAGGUUCGGAGAGCGUUGAGAUAUCUCUGGUUGAUGAGGUUGGGAGUGAGCAAGUGCCCAAGUUUACUUACAUCCCUCACAACAUUGUGUACCAAAAUGCUUACUUGCAUGUGUCUCUUGCACGGAUUUCUGAUGAUGAUUGCUGCGCGAGCUGCAAUGGGGACUGUCUUUCGGCUGAUUUUCCGUGUGCUUGUGCUCGUGAAACCAGCGGGGAGUAUGCGUAUACUAAAGAAGGGUUGGUUAGGGAGGAGUUUUUGGACACUUGUAUUAAGAUGAAAAAGGCACCUGAUACGUUCAGUAAGUUUUACUGCCAAGUCUGCCCGUUAGAGAGAGAUAAUGGAAAGUGUGAAGGACACUUGAUCAGGAAGUUUAUUAAGGAGUGCUGGAGAAAGUGUGGAUGUGAUAUGAUGUGUGGAAACCGAGUAGUGCAGAGAGGGAUAAGGUGCCAACUGCAGGUUUACUUUACCCAAGAAGGGAAAGGAUGGGGUAUUAGAACACUGCAAGACUUGCCGAAAGGAACCUUUGUCUUUGAAUACAUUGGUGAAAUACUGACCAAUACGGAGUUGUACGAGCGGAACAUAAGAUCUACUAGUGAACGGCAUACAUAUCCUGUAACUCUGGAUGCAGACUGGGGUUCUGAAAAGGAUUUGAAAGAUGAAGAAGCUCUCUGCCUGGAUGCCACAAUCUGUGGGAAUGUCGCUAGGUUUGUCAAUCACAGAUGUGAGGAUGCAAACUUGAUUGAUAUUCCGGUACAAAUAGAGACUCCUGACAGACAUUAUUAUCAUAUUGCCUUCUUUACUAUUCGAGACGUGAAGGCCAUGGAUGAACUGACAUGGGAUUACUUGAUAGAUUUCCAUGAUGAAAGUCAUCCCGUGAAGGCAUUUAAAUGUUGCUGCGGAAGCGAAUUAUGCAGAGACAAAAUGCCAAAAGGAUCUGGAGGCAAGUCGGGAGAAAGAAGAAAGGUUGUUCCUGCUAAAAAACAAGCAGGUUCCAAAGCGGUGGCAGUAAAGCGCAAAUGAGGGGUGAUCAUAUUAGAGUUGUUAGUUCCAUUUAGAAAACACAUGACACACCUACACUUUGAUCCCAUUCUGAGCUCAGCUUAAUAUACAGAGAAGUGUCAUGGUCGCAACAUCUCUUCUUUGGUAAAAUGAUCUGAACUGAGUAGAUUCUUCACAGUAAGCUGACAGAGAUUGUUUACACCGAAAUAAGAGUUAUGUUGGGUAACCAAAUAAACUCAUUUGUUAAUGGUUGUUCUAGAGAUUUCAUUGUCAAAUGUCAAUAUAUUAAUAUUUAAGGUCUUCUUUAAUGAAAUAUAUUGGUUAUGGUUCCU